AUGCGGCCACAGCGAGCUCGGCUUUAUCGUGGAGCUCUGUUCGUCAAGAACUUGAGCUACAACGUCACGCCAGAGGACCUAUUCGACCUGUUCGGCAAAUUUGGCCCCAUCCGUCAAGUCCGACAGGGAAUCGCAAACAACACCAAGGGCACCGCGUUUGUCGUCUACGAGGAUGUACUAGAUGCCAAAUCCGCCUGCGACAAACUGAACGGCUUUAACUUCCAGAGCCGUUAUCUCGUUGGCCGGUCUCCGACUUCACGCAAGUCCAAGACGCCGGAUCCCAAGACGAUCCUGCGCAAAGACAGGCAACCAACCGAGACGUCUUCGACGCACCACCGCGCGCGAGCCGUUCGCUUUGCCGAUCCCGCCAUGCGCCCUCAAAUGCAAGCCGUUGCAUGA